UAGUUGCCGGGGUUGAAACGGCCAAAGAAUACCACGGUGAAUGCUUCGGCCCAAGUGGCAGGAUGACGGCUUGCCUCCACGCCGACAUCUCCCAAGACCAUGGGAUGGGGGAAGAGAGCAUGAUGUCCUUCAUCCACGAGCACUUAAACUGCAUCCUGGAGCCAUUCACGCGAAGCGUCAAUGAUCUCCACGGGGUGGUGAACCAACUCGUCCUCCGAGCAGAGGAAGCUGCAUCCCAUGGGCAGCAGUUACAGGACCAGUCGAAAUUGCUCAAGCUGGUGCAGGCGGACAUGAGAGCAACAAAGCAGAGGCUGCUAGAUGUGAAGGAAGGCCAAGAGAAGCAAGUUCAAGAGCUGAAUGCUCAGCUGGUCUCUGUUGCCUCUGAUGCCACCGAGGCCAAAGGCCAUUGCCUCCAGCUGGACCAAGAGCAUCGCCAGAGCCGCUCCUUCCUUUGGGAUGUGCAGCAAAGCAACGCUGCCAUGGAGGUGGAGCUACGCAGACAUGCGGCGGAGCUUGCAAGCGACAAAGUGCAGCAGCAGUUGGAUGCUGCAUUGCGGGGCUUGCGCGCAGACGUGUCAAGCCUCAAUCGAGGGCAGGAGGAGGCGAUGGCAUCUUUGGGAAGUGCGCAAGAGCGUGUGGAAAAGUACAAGGACGAAUGGGACACAUUUCGAGAAAACUCUGGCUACCAAAGGCGGCAGGAGGAGAUGAGAAUGAAAGAGCUCCGGGGUGGUGUGCAAAACUUGGAGCGGGAGCUGCUGCACACGAAUGCGCAGCUCAAGGGCCAAGCAGCGCAAGCCAGGUCUACCCAUGAGGACCUGUCUACACUGAUACGGCGGCAUGAGCAAACCAUGAGGAUGCAGGUUGUACAGGAAAGGCAGCAGCAGGAGAGCAACGAGAGGCAGGCAGCCUUUGAGCAGCGCCUUGAGCUGCUGAAGGCGGAUAUUCAGAAUGUCAUGGAGAGCUUGGGGCUGACAGAAGGAGCAGCCAACUUGGUGGAGACGGUGCAAAGGUUGAAAGAGUCCUCGGCCCAACAUGAGGAUAGCUUGCAGCUGCUUUGCCAAGAAAGUUGUGACCAUGCAAAGAACAUCCAUGGCCUUCAGCUCCGAGCAGAUGCUGCAGACGAAGCGGCUGGAGCGUUGCAGGAUGAGGACAAGCGGAUUGAAGAGUCGAUGUUGCAGAGCAUCGAGAAGCUGCGCAACUCAUUCUGUGUCAACGAGCAGCGUGACCAAGAGCUGUUCCAAGAGGAAGUGCGGGCAAGAACCAAAGGGGAUGAAGAAUGCCUUGCCGAGCUGAAAGCCCAACAGAAGGAGUCCACGCGCUUGCAAGACUUGCUCAACAAGCUGGGCUUGGGCGUGGACUCGUGCACAAACAAGGUGCAGUCGCUGGAGAAGAAGCUGGCUUCAACCGAGGACCAGCUCUCCAGCUUGGGUGGCUCAAUGGACUUGACCCAGGAGUACUGGAAGGGCUUGACCAGGGGCAUCCAAGAAACGCACCGUAAGGUCGCCUCCACCGAGCGCGUGCCGCUGAAGAGCCCGCGGGCCGAAGAAACCCAGCCCCAGAGGGGCUUGGGAAGAGGAUUGCCGGCUCUGACUAAGACGGCUGGAGCUGGCAAUUGAGAUA